GGUGUGCUAUGUGAGCUCUGUCCAUGGCUUGGUUUCCUGAGUCUGGAUGCUGUGUGUCUGCCUGCCUUGGUCUGAGAGACGAAGCACAGUUGCUGCUGCUGUCACUGUUGGGGCUGGAAAAGUCCUGGGCAUGUCCCUUUUAUCUCCUGCACCCCCCUCUCUCCCUGCUCCUCCAGCUGUCCUAAGGCUGCCUGCUCCCAGAGUGGAGGGGAGGCGGGAGAGCGAGUGAGCGAGGCAGCCCAGGACCCAAGCUCCAGUCUCCCCUGCCUCUCCAAGCCAUGGGCCCCCUGCCAGGUAAGGGCACUGGCCAAGGCCCAAUGAGGGCAGGGCAGGCCCCUUUCCUCACGGGGCCUGCUCAGAGUUCAAGGGUUCUGAGAGAUCAUCCAGGCUUCCUUUAAACUGCUGCUGCAGCUGAGGCUGGAGUUUGGAGUUUGACCUGUGUGGAACCUUUCUCAGCAGCAGGCAAGGAGGCAGGGCCUCUACUGUCCUCUGCUGCAAAGAACAGGAAAUCCCAGGGGGUCUCCCUUCUCACAGCCACUGCCUUCUGCCUCUGAAGUCCCUGAGAACCUAGGGCGGUACAGCCUGCAAUCCUGAAGAAGCACACCCACUGGACGCCUACUUCAUCAGGAUUCCAGCUGAUGCAGAAGAUCAGCCGAAACAUCCAGCCUGUAGGACUGACCAGCUACUAGACUCUUGGACUUCCCAUCACAGCUGCCCAUUUUGGGAUUAGUCGGACUGCAGACCGACUGAGAAGUCAUUCAGCACCAUGGAGAGUACCACCUCCAGCCCUCAGCCUCCACCAUCUGAUGCCCUGGAGGCCUUUCCCCAGAAGAGCAUGGAGCCUGCGGACAUUGUUGUCUUGGUUCUGUACUUCCUCUUUGUCCUGGCUGUUGGAUUAUGGUCCACGGUGAGGACCAAACGAGACACAGUGAAAGGCUACUUCCUGGCUGGAGGUGACAUGGUGUGGUGGCCAGUGGGUGCAUCCUUGUUUGCCAGCAAUGUUGGAAGUGGACACUUCAUUGGCCUAGCAGGGUCUGGUGCUGCUGUGGGCAUUUCUGUUGCUGCCUAUGAGCUUAAUGGCUUGUUUUCUGUGCUGAUGCUGGCCUGGAUCUUCCUUCCUAUCUACAUCGCUGGCCAGGUAACCACGAUGCCAGAAUACCUAAGGCGACGCUUCGGGGGCAGCAGGAUCCCCAUCACCCUGGCUGUGCUCUACUUGUUCAUCUACAUCUUCACCAAGAUCUCGGUGGACAUGUAUGCAGGGGCCAUCUUCAUUCAGCAGUCCUUGCACCUGGAUCUGUACCUGGCCAUAGUUGGGCUGCUGGCAGUCACAGCUCUGUACACUGUUGCAGGAGGUCUGGCUGCUGUUAUCUACACAGACGCUCUGCAGACUGUUAUCAUGCUUAUAGGAGCCUUCAUCCUGAUGGGCUACAGCUUUGCAGCUGUAGGUGGGAUGGAAGGCCUGAAGGACCAGUACUUCUUAGCCCUGGCUAGUAACCGGAGUGAGAACAGCAGCUGUGGCCUACCCCGAGAAGAUGCCUUCCACAUCUUCCGCGAUCCAUUGACAUCUGAUCUCCCCUGGCCCGGGAUCCUGUUCGGAAUGUCCAUCCCGUCUCUUUGGUACUGGUGUACAGAUCAGGUGAUUGUUCAGCGGAGUCUGGCUGCCAAGAACCUGUCUCAUGCCAAAGGCGGCUCCCUGAUGGCCGCAUACCUGAAAGUGCUUCCUCUUUUCCUAAUGGUGUUCCCUGGUAUGGUGAGCAGAAUCCUCUUUCCAGAUCAAGUAGCCUGUGCGCAUCCCGACAUCUGCCAGAGAGUCUGUAGCAACCCCUCUGGCUGUUCAGACAUCGCAUAUCCCAAACUUGUGCUGGAACUUUUGCCCACAGGACUCCGUGGGCUCAUGAUGGCUGUGAUGGUGGCGGCUCUCAUGUCCUCCCUCACGUCCAUCUUUAACAGUGCCAGCACCAUCUUCACCAUGGACCUGUGGCACCACAUCCGGCCACGGGCAUCUGAAAGGGAGCUCAUGAUUGUGGGCAGGGUGUUUGUGUUAGCACUGGUGCUGGUCUCCAUCCUCUGGAUCCCCGUUGUGCAGGCCAGCCAGGGAGGUCAACUUUUCAUCUACAUCCAGUCUAUCAGCUCUUACCUGCAGCCACCUGUGGCCGUGGUCUUUAUUAUGGGAUGUUUCUGGAAGCGAACCAAUGAGAAGGGUGCCUUCUCAGGCCUGAUCUUGGGCUUGCUGCUAGGAUUGGUCAGGCUGAUCCUGGACUUUGUCUACGUGCAGCCUCGGUGUGACCAGCCCGAUGACCGUCCAGCUGUGGUGAAGGACGUCCACUACCUCUACUUCUCCAUGAUUCUGUCGUCUACCACCCUCAUCACGGUGUUCACUGUGAGCUGGUUCACAGAGACACCCUCCAAAGAGAUGGUCAGCCGCCUGACUUGGUUUACUCGUCAUGAGCCUGUGGCCCAGAAGGACUCAGUUCCACCAGAAAACCCCCUGUCUCUAACCAUUUCUCAGAAUGGGACUACAGAGGCCACAGGCAUCAGCAUCCAGUUGGAGUCAGUUCAAGAAGCUACGACCAAAGCCCACAGUGACGGCGUGUCCCCCAAACAGUCCAAGGUGCUGAAGGCCAUCCUGUGGCUCUGUGGGAUGGAAAAGGACAAGGAGGAGCCCCCAAGCAAAGUGGAGCCUGUCAUAGUUUCCUUGGAGGAAAAUCCCUUGGUGAAAACCCUGCUAGACGUCAACUGCAUUGUGUGCAUCAGCUGCGCCAUCUUCCUCUGGGGAUACUUUGCGUAACUCAGGGUGAGCCAGGAAACGAUAAUAAAGCUGUGUGUUUACCUUCA